UGGCGAAAUAAAAACAAGGAUGCCGAAGAUGCGCCAUCCAGUUGACGGACAACCGAUGUGCAAAGGUGUAUUAUGAGCGGCAAAUGCACAGCCAGAUGAAAUAUGAUAUCUGUACAUCCCUCAAAAGAAAGAGUAGUGGCCAAGCGUUACCAGGCAGAAAGAGGAGAGCGAGACGGAGCACCUGUCACACUGACAGAGAGGUGGCUGUGAUGGUCAGAAUGAGAUCUGUAGUGAGGCCUUUGCUGAGGUGUGAAGAUGGAAUCCUGACCUAAGGGAACACCACCACUGCAUAAUCCCUGCCACUACAUCUGUUGAUCAUUCUUUUGCCCCAGCACAGAAGUGCAGGCCGUUAUUGGUGGGCUCAGCCCUAUGAGUGAACCUAUGGCAGAGAGACAGCACAAUACAGGUUCCUUUGUGUGACUCUACCAUGGACCACAUCCUCUGUUGCCUGCUGGUCCUGGGAACCGCAGUGAUGAGGGCCCAUGCAUGUCCCAAGUACUGUGUCUGCCAGAACUUGUCAGAGUCUCUUGGGACCCUGUGUCCCUCCAAAGGCCUUUUGUUCGUGCCUCCAGAUAUCGACCGUGGCACCGUGGAGCUCCGCCUGGGGGGGAACUACAUCAUCCGAAUCACCCAGCAGGACUUUGCCAACAUGACGGACCUGGUGGAUUUGACCUUGUCCCGAAACACCAUCAGCUACAUCCAACCCUUCUCCUUUGGAGACCUAGAGACACUGCGCUCGCUCCACCUGGACAACAACAGGCUAAUGGAGCUGGGCCCAGAUGACCUGCGGGGUCUGGUCAACCUGCAGCACCUCAUCCUCAACAACAACCAGCUGGGCCGUGUCUCUGACCGGACAUUGGAGGAUCUGGCCCCUUCCUUGGAGGACCUAGAUCUGUCCUACAACAAUCUGAGGUCCCUGCCCUGGGAAUCGGUGCGCCAGAUGGUCAACCUGCACCAGCUCAGUCUGGACCACAACCUGCUGGACUUCAUCCCAGAGGGGACCUUCACUGACCUGGAAAGGCUGGCUCGCCUGGAUCUCACCUCCAACCGUCUCCAGAAGUUACCCCCGGACCCCAUUUUUGCCCGGGCCCAGGACUCAGUUCUCAUGACCACUCCGUAUGCCCCCCAGCUAUCCCUCAGCCUGGGGGGGAACCCCCUGCACUGCAACUGUGAGGUGCUGUGGCUGCGGAGACUGGAACGAGAUGACGACUUGGAGACCUGCGCUUCCCCUCCCAGCCUGAAGGGGCGCUACUUCUGGUAUGUGAGGGAGGAGGAAUUUGUGUGUGAGCCACCUCUCAUCACCCAGCACACCCACAGGAUGCUGGUUCUGGAGGGCCAGACAGCCAGCCUGAGGUGCGAGGCCAUUGGAGAUCCCAUCCCCACCAUCCACUGGAUCUCCCCAGACGACCAGUUGCUUGGCAACUCUUCCCGUACGGAGGUGUAUAAAAACGGAACCCUGAGCAUCCUGAUUACCACAUCCAAGGACUACGGCACCUUCACCUGCAUUGCCGCCAAUGUCGCUGGGGAAUCAACUGCUUCAGUGGAGGUGUCAAUCAUCCAGCUUCCCCACCUCAGCAAUGGGACCGGCCAGCCCUCGCAGCCAAAGUCUCGCCUUUCGGACAUCACCGGAACCACCAGGGUCAGCAAGCCUGCCAAGAGCCAGCCGGAGAGAGUCGUGUCCGUGUCUGAGGUGACGGCUGUGUCGGCCCUGGUCAGGUGGUCAGUAAGCAAAUCCGCCCCCAAAGUCAAGAUGUACCAGCUCCAGUACAACUGCUCCGAUGACGAAGUCCUCAUCUACAGGAUGAUCCCGGCUUCCAGCAAAGCCUUUCUGGUAACAAACCUAGUCUCAGGGACCCGCUACGACCUGUGUGUUCUGGCUGCCUGGGAUGACACGGCCACCACGCUGACUGCCACCAACGUGGUUGGCUGCACCGAGUUCUUCACCCAGGAUGACUACCCCCAGUGCCAGUCCCUGCCCAGCCAGCUCCUGGGGGGAACCAUGAUCCUGGUGGUGGGGGGUAUCAUUGUAGCCACCCUGCUGGUCUUCAUUGUCAUCUUGAUGGUUCGUUACAAGGCGGGGGACAGCGAGCCACCUCCAAGCAAGCUAACCAGUGUCAGCGACACACACUCCCAGACUAACGGGGGCCGGCUGGGGCAGAACGGAGUACCCCUGCCCUUGCCCAAACCCAAGGCCAAAGUGACACUACAGGACGAGGUGGUGGAGUUCAAGUGCGGCUCCCUCCAGAGCAGCCUCACCUCCUCCUCCUCGUCAGGCUCGCUAGCCGGGGACUCUUACAGCCCCAACACCACCCUGGCUAACAUGUGGAGGUCAGCAGCCCCCUCCAACCCCAGGGCCAACCUGGACCACCUUCUGGGGGCCUUCACCUCUUUAGAGCUGCGGGGAACUCAGGGCAAGGACCUAGGGGCCUCCGGCAGCCCAGCCCUGGAGGCCAAUCGGCCCCCCACAGACAAGGAGCCCCUGCUGGGCCGGACAAUGGACUCCCGGCUGAGCCGGCUCCUAAUGCUGCCCCUGGACUCCAGGCCGAAGAGGAGCCAGUCUUUUGAUAUGGGGGAUGCGACGAGUUCCUCAACUGCUACCACGGCGCCAGUAAGUAGCUACCCACGCAGGAUCAGCAGCAUCUGGACUAAGAGGAGCCUGUCUGUCAAUGGCAUGCUGCUGCAGUGUGAUGAGGAGGGAGACAGCGAAAGUAGCAAAGGGACCGUGGACAGUUCUGAGUGGGUCAUGGAGAGUACUGUCUAGGAAACAAAUGCUUUUGGCAUCUCGUCAAAUACUCCGCGGAAGACUGGCAGCAAGCCUUGUUCUCAUAGACCCACUGGUGAAAGGAGAACUCCCUCCAGGUCCUGCAUGAAAAUCAUUCAUGUUAAUCCUAUUGACCCUCCAUUGUUGUGGCAAAAAAAAAACUAAACAGUUGAAGCUCUAUCACAGCCAGGUCAGUUUCUGGACCAACGACCGUGUGGAUGGGACAGUCCUCUGAAGUGACACUGGUCUGUGUGUAUUGAUGAGUACUGUAAAGGUCAUACUGAAGGAAGAAAUAUACAGACAGGAAUAAACCUUGAGGUCAGUGAGUUGUACCAAGGACUGACUUAUUCUGAGACAUUUUUAAGACAUUGUUAAAGAAGAGCUGUUGUUUCCAAAUCACACGAACAUCAUGCAUUUCACCAUGUUUGGUGCAAUAAACUCAUUAAAGACUGCUAUUUAAAGUGAAGCUUGAAAAUGUAUUGAAUUUAAAGUUUUUUUUUUUUCUUUUUGCUGGUCAAACUCAUGUUUCCCAGACCAGAACCACUCAAGAAGACAGUCCUACUAAGUUUUGCUUUAAAAAGUCUGGAUCUAUCCUUAUCUCUGAUAUCCACGUAACUUUUUAAUCCAUGUUGACUGAUGAAAUAUAUAGCUAUUUAGUGAUGUUAUGAUUCAUAAAGUUGUAAGGAAAAAGAUUGAUUGGAAACACUGUAUGUGAAUAUAUUUACUUUAUAUACAGAGUAUAUAUUUGCGGGUUUAGUAAUUGCAUAUCUGGUCAAUAUCAUGUUUUUUGAAAUCACACAACAUCAGGUCAAUGUUAGUCUAAACCAGGAAGUUUGUGUGUUUGGAGAGGGUCAUUGGCAGGUUGCUCCAUUGUGGUUGGAGGGUUGUUUGUGAGGGUACAUGGUUAUGAGUCGGGGACAUUAAAGGGCAAUUGCCAUAGUUUCCCUCCAUCUCCUUUAAAUCAAUGUAGAGCCCACAUAAGAUGGUGAUCAAUUCAUCUCUGUCAGAGAGUAACAUGAAGCCAAAUCGCUGCUUGCCAUUUUAUAGAAACGGGAACUACACUACAAAACAGAACUUUUGGUUUAGGCAGUUCAUCCCGUUUAUUUUUUACAAAUACUUUGAUGAUGAUUUGAUUCCCAUGUUUCUUUUAAAACAUGGGCUAUAGGUUGUUGUUCUUUCCUGGGUUACUAUGAUCUGUUGCAAUUGACUCAUUUCUUGUCAUCAAUAAAGCUAUAGAGGAUGUGUCAAGUAUUAUCUACAAUUUGUCCUAUAGAUAGCGAAAUUUCAACACCACUUGGAUGAUAAUGUACAGUGCAAAAGGUUUACGUUCAACUAUGUCAAAGUUAUUGGCUUUUCUGUAUCGUGUACAGAAUGCAUGUUUACCCAGGACUGAUCCAUGAGACAAUUAAGAAAUAAAGAACCAUGUACACUAUCUCUCUUUAAGUAUACAAACAUAUAUAUAUAUACAUAUAUACAAAUAUAUGUAUAUAUAUACAUAUGUAUACGUACAUAUGUAAUUUCACAUAUUGUGUUGUUUGGAAGACUAUCUUUGUGACAUUUUAAACUGACUGCGCUUGUAUAUCGUCUCUGUAUAUUGGCUUUUUUUGU